AGAGGGGCACAGGUCAUCAUUUAAGAUUUAGAUUUUUACCUUUAGAUUUUUUUUUCAAUCAGGAAGUAAAUCAACCGAAACGAAAAGUUGGAAUUAACUUGCCAGACAGUUAUUCGCUGUUCAUGUCGAAAAUUCUUAAACUUCAAGUCGAUUUUGUACAAUGGAAGUUUAUUAUUAACUAUCAUUUCACUUGAAUUUAACAACAAUGGGAAACAAUCAGGAUAAGCCAUUAACAGAACAUACAAGCCACAGUAACAGAGCUCCGUCCAGGAGAGAAACACAUACAUCAUCUGAUGUUUCGUUAAAAAAUGACGAUUUCAAAGAUAUGGCUGUAUCUGGAAAGAAAGCAAACAGACCGUCAGACAUUCCAUUUAAAAGUGACGAUUUCACAAACAUGGCUGUGUCUGGAAAAAGGAAAAGAAGUUCAUACCUUGUCGUUGCCGCAUUUGAUUUCGGAACAACAUACAGUGGUUAUGCAAUGUCGUUUCGAGACAAUCCUUUGAACAUAAUCACCAACCAAAGCUGGAUUGCAGGCUCGGAGAAGCUUAUUUCGUUAAAGACUCCAACAUGUGUCCUGUUGAAGCCAAAUAAAGAGUUUCAUUCAUUUGGGUUCGAAGCCGAGAAUAAGUAUUCCGAUUUAUCUUUAGACGAUGAACACCAUGGAUGGUUGCUCUUUAGGAGGUUCAAGAUGAAAUUGCACAACACUGAGGGUUUAUCUAGAGAUACAACUGUUGAAGAUGUGAACGGAAAUUCAAUGCCUGCGAUGACGAUAUUUAGCAUGUCUUUACGCUACCUACGGGAUCACUUUGUAGAGUCACUGGAAAAGAAAACACUAGGAGUUACGGAGACUGACGUUCAGUACGUUAUUACUGUUCCAGCUAUAUGGGACGACAGAGCCAAACAAUUUAUGAGAGAAGCCGCUGUAAUGUCUGGAAUGGAAAGCAGUCGGUUGUUGUUAGCAUUAGAGCCCGAGGCAGCCUCGAUUUGGUGCCAGGUUGUCACAACGCAGGAGGAACAGAUCCUAGCUGGAGUUGGGAGUAAAUAUAUUGUCGUGGAUCUUGGAGGUGGGACCGCUGAUAUUUCUGUACAUGAGAAACAACCAAGUGGUCAACUCAAAGAACUCCAUAAAGCCAGCGGGGGUCCGUGGGGUGGAAGCUAUGUCGACAACAACUAUAUUAGUUGCUUAACUAAUAUUUUCGGAAAAGCUACUAUUGAUAGAUUUAAAAAGGAACAAAUGGCAGAUUUCAUCGAUUUGCAUAGAGAAUUUGAAACAAAGAAACGAGGAAUUAGAUUUGACACCGAGGGGAAAGUCACCUUUAAGGUAUAUGUAGCUAUGAUGGACAUAUUUAAGGACAUUGAAAGUCACAGUCUUCAGGAAAGUAUAGAAAAUGUUGGUCUAAGUGGCAAAAUUACAAUCACAGGUGAUAAGCUUAGGGUUGAUAGCUCCGUUGUAAAAAGUUGGUUCGACGGUCCUGUUGACAGCAUGAUUUGCCAUGUAAAAGAUAUAUUAUCUGAGCCAAAAAUGAAAGAUGUGAAACUAAUGCUCUUAGUAGGUGGCUUCGGGGAGAGUCAAUAUGUGCAAAAUAGAAUGGUGAAAGAAUUUGGCAGCAAAUACGUGAUUAUCCCGGAAGAAGCGGGACUUGCUGUCCUGAAAGGCGCCGUGAGAUUUGGCCACGAUCCUGAUAUAAUGUCUGCACGAGUGAUGCAGUAUACCUACGGGAUUCGUAUUCUGCUGCCAUAUGAUGAGUUUUUACAUCCGUCUAGAAAGUUAAAGGUCGUAAAUGGUGAGAAGAAAGCGAAGGAUGUGUUUGAUAAGUUUGUCACAGUUGGCUCGGAAAUUCCUGUUGGAUACAAGGUUACUAAGAGGAAAACUCCAAACGAUAUGAACCGUACAUUUAUACCUGUAUUCAGAGCAUCUUCUGAUGCUCCGUAUUUCACAACAGAUCAGGGUUGCACGGAAAUCGGAUUUCUGGUGAUAAAUCACCCUGAAGGUAAAAGUCUGCAAGAUAAAGUAUUUGAUGUCACAUUCACAUUUGGUGAUACAGAGUUGUUUGUGGAGGCAAAAAUGCUGCAUUCUGAAAGAGAAUUUAGUUUGACCAUCGACUGCUUGAAAUGAAAUGUGAGAACAAAAUAUAAGAUAUACAAUGGAGAUCUAUGACAUAUACGGAAUGCAUGUUCUCAAUUUUAGCUUGAUUUAAAAUUAAUAGAAAUGUUUUAUAUCUUCUACACUUUCUAGAAACUGGUAAACAUAUAUUCGAGAGCAGAAUAAUUAUUAAACAGAUAUGUUGGAAUGUGCUUGCAAAUUUAUUAGAUUAACGGUGCGCACUGUGAAAAGGAAUAGCUGAUUGUUUAUGUAGGAACAAGCUUUGGAAAUUAAAUAUUGGAACUGUUUUGAAUAUCAAUCGGUGCAUUAAAUUCAUGUCAUUGGAAAUUUUAAUAAAAGAAGUUAUU